CACAAAGGUCCCAAAACAGAUAAAAAUUGCGUGAGAGGGUUUGAGAGAGUUUUUUUCGGAAUGAAGGUAGUGCAUUGGCUUCUAACGGUGGCUGUGGCCUGGUGGUUUCGACAAGAUGGAGCUGCCACCGGGUGCGAUCACAAGUGUGGGAAGGUGACCGUACCUUAUCCAUUCGGGCUCGAACCCCAAUGUGCGAGGUCCCAAGAUUUUUUGCUCAAUUGCACCAACGUCGAAGGGAGCGAUCUUCGACUAAUGUUGGGGAAUUUUACCAUUCGCAAAAUCUUGGCCGGGCGCUCGACCAUGGUCGUCAGCCUCCCCGAAGCAUACCAGUGCUACGAUCAGAAUGGCAAGCUAGCAAAAGAAAGGAAUCCUGUGGUCAUCGAUCUGUCUCCAUAUCCUCGGUACAAAUUCUCGGAAACCCUGAACAACCUCACCGUCCUCGGCUGCAACACCAUGGCGGUCGUGGCCGACAGAGAAGGGACGUUUGGGAGCGGGUGCAUCUCCUACUGCGGCAAAAACGUUGACUUCACCAACGAGACCACUUGCUCCGGUCGAGGAUGCUGUCAAGCAUCCAUCCCAAAGGGGUUCAGGACGCUCAACAUUAGCAUCUCCUCCCUCAACCGAAACGUGUUGGCCUCGCAACUCGGCCACUGUGAACGGGCCUUCGUGGUGGACAACAGGUCAUUCCAUAUCUCAAAGUUGACUCUUCCGAGGUUUGAGGAUGUGGGCAACACCCCGGGCCUUGUUCUGGAGUGGAUGGUCGAAUCGAACACGAGUUGCAACAUGGCCAAGAAGAAUGGGUCGAGCUAUGCCUGUGGUCCCUACGCGGCAUGUAAGGACUUCGGGGAUGUACUGGGUUAUCGCUGCACUUGCAAGCAUGGGUACAGGGGGAAUCCCUAUGAUCGCACCCAGGGGUGUACAGACAUCAAUGAGUGCGUGGAACCAGAAAAAUACCCAUGUUAUGGAAAGUGCAAGAAUAUUCCUGGGAGCUACGAAUGCCGAUGCGGACUUGGAAAAAGGGGCGACGCUAGAAAACGUUGCAAAGUUUCUCCUUUGGGCAUAGCUAUUCCAGUGAUGGCUGUGUCCUUCUUCGGCAUAAUUGUUACUGCUUCAGUCCGGGUCACAAUGAGGUGGAGACUCAGAAAGAUCAACUUCAGAAAAAAUGGAGGAGAGCUCAUGAAAAACCGCAAAGUGCCAAUAUUCACAGAGUCAAAAUUGGCGAAAGCAACCAACCCCAAAAAGCUCCGCAGUGAUGGUUUUGGUUUUGUCUAUAAAGGGACACUAGAGGAGCAAUAUGGCACCGUGGUCGUGCGGGACACCGUGGUCGUGGUCAAGAAGCCUAAAGAUAUGGACAGGUCUCUACUAAACAAGGAUUUCCAGCAUGAGCUUGAAAUUCUUAUGAACAUAAGCUGCAAAAAUGUGGUGAAGCUCAAAGGCAUAUGCUUGGAGACCAAAAUACCAUCGCUGGUUUAUGAAUACAUUCCGAAUGGCAGCCUCUUCCAACUCAUCCAUCAAAACAAGUCGACCAUCUCGUGGGAAAAACGCUUCAAAAUAGCUGCCGAAGCUGCUCUUGCACUCAAUUAUAUGCACUCCAAAAUACAAUCCCCGAUCUUUCAUGGCAAUAUUAAGUCAGCAAACAUACUUCUGGAUCAAAACAACUCGGUGAAAAUAUCCGAUUUUGGAACUUCAGUACUCAUAUCACCAAAGCAUAGACAUAUCGUAGCCACUCAGAAAAAAGACUCGUUGGCCUACAUCGAUCCGGAAUAUUUAGUCACCGGUAUGCUAACACCUCAGAGCGAUGCAUACAGCUUUGGAGUUGUCCUGGUGGAGUUACUCACAGGAAAGGAACUUUUUGUUACUGAGUCUGAAAAGUCAUUCAAUACCAUCCAUUGUUUCAUCUCUUCUGUGAAGGGCGACACACUCUCCGAUGUCAUAAACUUUGAGGGCGCUAGUGAAUAUGAAAUGGAGAGAAUACGAACUGUAGCUAAGAUUGCAGUGAAGUGCUUGGACCAAAGCGGUGCGAACAGGCCAGCAAUGAGCCAUGUGGCUCAGCAACUCGCCAGUAUCAACCCAAGCUCGACAGUUGAAGAAGAGAAUGAAGAGCCCGAACGGGAAGUGGAUGCAGAAGAACUCUCAAGCUGUCUUUCCUGUCUGGGAAUGGAUUCAACUUCUUCCUGCAUCUGAUCCUUUAUUACCAUAGCGACAUGUCUGUCAAUUUGGCUGUAAGGACUUCUAGAGUUGAUUAUGUGCUUGGAAUAUAUGUUAUGUGUGCCAUUUUCUUUUGGACUUUAUAUUUGUGGAAGCAUCUUUGCAAGUUCAAGCGUGAGAAUCUAAUAUGAUAUAUGUAAAGCCGUGCGUUGAAGUGGACUUAUAGGAGGCUAACA